AUGAGCGAAUCUCGUACGGAACUGCUUGCUUGGCUGAAUGACUUGUGUCAGAUCAAUCAAGCUAAAAUUGAACAAUGUGGAUCUGGUGUUGCUCACUGUGUUAUUAUGGACUCAAUCUACAGAGAUGUUCCAAUGAGCAAGGUCAAGUUUGGUGCAAAACACGAAUACGAAUACGUAUCCAAUUUCAAGGUCUUGCAAGCUGUAUUUGAUAAACACAAGAUUGAUAAUACGAUUCCCGUUGAGCGUUUGAUGAAAUGUCGGUUCCAGGAUAACCUCGAGUUUCUUCAGUGGAUGAAAAAAUACUGGGAUCAGUAUUAUCCUGGUGGUCCAUAUGAUGCGCUUGGAAGAAGAAAGGCUCCCUCUCCUCAUAUGCCUGGCCCAGGAUCUGCAGGGGUCAAAAAAGCAAUGUCGAAUAGCCACAUGUCUCGAUCUACUGCUUCAACCACGUCUGCAUCAACUGCUCGUAAAACUACGGCACCUCCACGCGCAGCUGCAGCUGCAGGCCCUCUCAACAAUAACGAAGAUGCUAUUCAGCAGGUUGAAAAAGAGCGCGAAUUUUACUUUUCAAAACUGAGAGAAAUUGAGCUUUAUAUUCAAACACGUACUGAGGCUGGUAUUGACGAUCAUAUGGAUGCAACAUUCAAAGAGGUUCAGGCCAUCAUGUACAAGACCGAAGAUGGUUUUGAAAUUCCAGAAACUGCCGAAGAAGCUACAUUUUAA